UUAACAGGCAAGGGAGUGGAGAGGAGCAAGGGCCCACGCGUCCCCACAGUCAUAAAAGGAAGAGGGUUUGGGUGAAUGUUAAAACCACCUGCUCCCCUCCUCCUCCUGCGCGUCAAUUCUCUCCCACCCUGGCUACUGCCUGCCUUCCUCCUCCCUCUCCCAUCACACGUGCUCUCUCCCUCCCUCCCUCCUCCAUCUUCUCUUUCUUUGGUGCAACUGAUUAAAAAGUUAGAGAGAGAAACCCUCCUCCUCUUGCCAAUAUAUGUGGACUCCCUCACGGGGUCUGGGGCACCCAGAGCCACCCACCCCUCCUCCCCUCCUCCGCUCCCAAUCCCUUUCGAGCUCCGAUUUUUCCUAGUCGCUCCCUGCUCCCUCACGUAGCUUAUGUCUUCCUCCCCCUUCCCUCCCUCCUUUUCCCCCUCUUCGCCUCUCCAAUCUGUACCUUCUUCCUCUCCUUCCCGCCGCCGCUCCUGAUCUUUCCGCUCUCAAUCUGGUUGGGUUUCCCUCAAAUCCUAUCCUGCACCCCCCCCAUGAGGAUCCGCAAAAGGCAGGUCCCUUUCCCUCUUUCAGAUCCCCGCCCGAUUCCCCCCUCUCCCGUGCCUCAACUCCCCCGCCCUUCCUCCCCCUCAUCUUCUAUUCCUCUCCUUCUCCAACAACCCCAUGCUACUGCUCUCUCCGCCUCCCUGUUGGAUCACGACCUGGAGGACGCCAGGGAUUCCUCCCGCUUCGUCGCCGAAGCCGGGCCAAACCAUCACCGCACUGAGAUGGAUCGUCAAGACGAGGCCGGCGGAGGGCCGAACGACGGAGGAGAGAAGCGCGAUGAUACCGGGAAAGGAGUCCUCUUUGGUUCCGGUGCUGUCUUCGAGGUCGUCCCACUCCCACCCUCUAAUCUAGAUGGGAAAUGGUGCGACGGAGAGAAAGCGAUUCCGCCCAAGAAACGGAGAGGGAGAGCAGGUGACUGCAUGAACACGAGGGAGUGCAACAACAAUAACAACAAGAAGAUGAAAACUAGAAUGAAGACCAAGAUGAACAAGAAAUGUACACAAAAUGAUGAUGAAAGGCACGGGGGGGAGGAGGAAGAGAGAAAAGAAGAGGAAGUAAAUGUGAACGCGAAUACGAGUAAGAAGAGAGGAAGGGCAAGUGUGACGAUGGAGGGAUCGAGGUGCAGUAGAGUCAACGGGAGGGGAUGGAGGUGUUGUCAGCAAACACUGGUGGGUUACUCUCUGUGUGAGCAUCACUUGGGGAAGGGAAGGCUCAGGAGCAUCACCAGUGUUAGAAGCCGAUCCGUUCCUUCUGCAACGACAGCGACAGAGAAUAACGAUUCUCUCUCCCUCGACGACUCACUGUGCGGAGCUUCUUCAUCUUCCUCUCCUGAAAAGAAAAUAAAUGUGAUUCUUCGAGCUUUCCUAACACUGACGAUCACAAGGACGAGAAGAAACCAGCAGUGAUUACGAAGAAGAGGAUGAAGCUUGGCAUGGUGAAAGCACGUUCCAUUAGCAGCUUGCUGGGACAGACCAACACCCAGGUUGCUCUACCUGAGGAUAACAAGUAAGGUCACUCACAAUGAGCAUCGACUGUUAUUCGAUGUUCUUGAUAAUCACUAUAACUGACAUUCCAGUGCAACUGCUUUCAAUUCAACCAUCGCAGCAGCUUCUGUUUCUUUCCGUGAUUGUGCUAUAUCUUCGUCCUCCUCGUACUUUGACUGUUAAAUUUUAUUCCUCUCUUGUGAUAGAAUUACUAUAUAUUUAUAUUA